CAUACCACAAAAACAUUUAUGUCUUUUGUAUAUGGCGCCUUGGUUACAAAAUUUAGCAUUGUAUGUAGUAAAUGGACCUGAUAAUCAGCAAUUUAUUCUGAAAGCUAAAGAAAUUAUUCGAUCGUUGAUUGAUUUGACUGCAAAAGAAACCGAGUUAUAUACCGCUAUUCAAACUAAAAUUUGGAGCACAUUGAUAGGUAUAGAUGAACUGACAAGUUUAAUUAUAGAUGAAUUUAUUGCAUAUGCAGUUGAACAUGGGAUUGGUUCAAUACAAUCAGAAACAGUGGCAAACACAAUAGUCACGUUAUCAUCAAUUAGUGUUCGUGGUAAAAUAAUUUCCAGGCUUCGAAGGGUUAUAUCAAAAACAUCUUUACAACCAAGCAGAGACCUAAAAGACAAUCCAUCCUGGACUGAUAUUUCUGUUUUGAUUCGAUUCAACCUGAUGCUCUCAUUCAACAAUCUUCAACACAUAUCCGUUCACCUCCCGGAAUUAUUCCACAUCGUAUCACUACUGGUAUCAACUGGAUCACAGCUUAUACGAGCAUCAAUUCAUGGACUUAUUGUCAAUCUGGUUCAGAGUUUGUGCACAACACCGUCAUCUGAUAGUGAUAACAAUGAAAACCGUAAAUUUCUAAAACUGUUGCUGACCGAGUUGUCAGAACCAAAACAUCGAUUUUUUUUCGGAUUGACUAAUUCACCAGGAAAUGGUGCUUUUGAUAUAUCAACAAAAUCAACAGAUAAUUUAAGUGAUAACUUACCAUUAAAUUCAUUGGAAAAUGUUAUUCAAACUUUAUUGGAAGUAAUGAAAUAUGGCGCACCCUCGAUUGAUGUAGCAAAUUCAUGGAGAGCACGUUGGAUGGGAUUAAUUACAAGUACAGCAUUUCAAUAUAAUCCUGCGAUACAACCAAGAGCAUUUGUAGCACUAGGAUGUCUUGCACAUGAAGAGGUAGACGAUGAUCUUUUGUAUCAGAUAUUGGUAGCACUCAAGGGGGCAUUGAAUCAAUUUGAUCAAGAAGAUUGCUUACUAGUCAUUAGCAUACUGAUGUGUCUUACCAAUAUUGUAAAAAAUCUACCAAUUGAAUCACGUUAUCUCCAAAAAAUGUUUUGGUUGGCGAUGGCUCUUAUACAAAUAGGCCAUGUUCCAAUUUUCCAAAGUGCGUUAGGACUAUUACACUCUGUAUUGUAUUCGUUGGAUAGUAAAGGAUUUUUUAUACAUGAGGGGUUUGAUAAAGUUUUGAUGAGAUCAAGAAGAUCGUUAGAAUCUGUUACCGAAAGAUUAGACGAGAUAUCCGGUGUUAAUUAUGAGCAUUUUUCAUUUGCAGUGGCUGCUACACUUUUGAGAUGCUUGAAAAAUGGAGCAACAAGAGUUGCAACACAAAAUGUAUUAAUAUCAUUUUUGGAAAUAGCAUCAAAAACUGGAGUUCACAAUAACAAAACGACAAUCCGUUCAAAUUUAUUAGGAUAUAUGGCAGCUCUUUUACCGUUAUCGGCCAAUAACGUUGACAUGAAAGAGUUGUUGUUGUUGUCGGGCGCAAAUGAUAUAGAGAUAGACAACUCGGAGCCGACUUUUAAGAUUUUUGAGAAAAUUGAUAUACCAGAUAAUCAAACAGCUUUGUUACUAGUAUCACUGAUGGUAGCAAUGUUAAGUUAUGCGGAACAAGAGACCGAAAAAUUGUUUUUAUAUGGAUUUUUAGCAGAAGCAGCAGAAAUUGUUCCAGAAGUUUUUGCUCUGGUGUAUGAAACAUUGUUGCCUAGAAUGAUUAACAUUGUAUCGGACGAGGAAAUUUCACCAAUAAUAAUAGAUUCAGUACAAGCAAUUAUUAUUACAGCAAUUUCCGAACCUGAAUAUAAAAAGAAACUAAAAGGAACUCAACUGUAUUAUUUAAAUGAGAUUGGGUUUAAAAGUUUGUCAGAUAAUGCAAUAAAAGGCGAUUUAUCUCAAAGCAAGAUUAGAAAAAAUUUGGAAUUAACGUGUCAAUUAAUAGAAUCAAUUACUCGUAUAAAUUAA